AAGUGAACGAUUUGUCGUCGAAGCUACAGUAACUUAAUGGACAACGGUGAUAUCAAUCUUGAAGAAGGGGAGCUUGAUGUAGAUCUCAGCGAUGAGGAGGGAUGGAAGUUGAAAAAUGAAAAUGAUUUAAGAAAGGAAGAAAAGCUAGAUAAAGAAGCUGAAGUAAAAAAGCACAAGAAGAAAGAAAAAAAAGCUAAGAAGGAAAAGAAGCAUAAGAAGAAAAAGAAAAAACAUAGGCAUGACAACAAGGAAAAAUGUUCUCUUAAUAAUGGUGAUGUUCAACCACCUGUGAAUGAAGCAAAGGUAGAUCUUGGAAGCCCCAAAAAAGAAAUUGAUGACGUCCCAUAUGUCCCAAAACGCGUUCCUAUCUCUCUGGAGGAGCUGAUUUUAAAAAGGAAGGCGGAAGAGGCAGAAUUAAUCAAACCGAAAUUUAUAUCUAAGGAGGAGCGUAUUCAACAAGCCAUCCAAAGAAGACAAGCUGAAGUUCAAGCUCAACGUGAAAAACAGAUGGAGGCCUUCAAAAAACAGACGGAAUAUCUUGAAGGGCUAAAGGUUACACGCUUGUCUAUUGUUAUCCUUUUAGAUCUGGAACGAAAGAGACGCGCAGAAGAUUUUCAAGAAAGAAUGAGGCAGCACAGAAACUUUAGAAAUACUGGCAAACGAGCAGCUCAAGAAGAAGGUCCAGGUGAUAAGGUAAACAUUUCGCAAGAAGAACAAGCUAUCAAAGAGCGCUACCUGGGUCAAAAGCGUCUGACUAAGCGUCGACCGAGGCGACUUAAUGAGAGGAAAUUUGUAUUUGACUGGGAUGUCGCCGAUGAUACUAGCCAGGAUUACAACCCGCUUUACAAAGAAAAGCAUCAAAUCCAGUUUUUUGGCCGUGGACAUAUUGGUGGUAUUGAUAUUAAGCAACAAAAAAAAGAAAUUGGACGUUUUUACUCAAAGCUGUUAGAAAGCCGCCGUUCUGACACCCAGAAAGUUCAAGAAAAGAAACGUCUAAGUGGUGUGGCAAAGCGUGAAGCUAAGCAGAAAUGGGAUGACAGGCAUUGGACAGAAAAGGCCCUUGAUCAGAUGACUGAACGCGACUGGCGAAUCUUCCGCGAAGAUUUUAAUAUAUCUACCAAGGGAGGUAACAUUCCAAACCCCCUCAGGUCUUGGGCGGAAAUGAAUGUUGCUGAUGAACUUAAGGAUGUAAUUAAAAAGGUUGGUUAUCCUGAACCAACACCAAUUCAACGCCAAGCAAUACCAAUAGGUCUGCAAAACCGUGAUAUUAUUGGUGUUGCAGAAACAGGUUCAGGGAAAACAGCAGCUUUCCUCAUACCCCUGUUGAAUUGGAUUCAGCGACUUCCAAAACUGGAGAGACUUGAGGACACAGAGCAAGGACCAUAUGCUAUUAUUAUGGCUCCUACUAGAGAGUUGGCACAGCAAAUUGAGGAAGAAACAGUGAAAUUCGGUCGACCACUGGGAAUCAAAACUGUUUCGUUAAUUGGUGGCCUCUCGCGUGAAGAUCAAGCAUUAAAGCUCCGAAUGGGCGCCGAAAUAGUUAUUGGUACUCCUGGUCGUUUAAAUGAUGUCCUAGAAAACCGGUAUAUGGUACUCAACCAAUGUACUUACAUCGUUUUGGAUGAAGCUGAUAAAAUGAUUGAUAUGGGUUUCGAACCUGAAGUCAACAAUAUUCUCACAUAUUUACCAGUUACAAAUGAAAAACCUGAUAAUGAAGAUGCUGAGGAUGAUUCGAAGCUAUUAAGCAAUUUUGCAACAAAGCAUAAGUAUCGUCAGACUGUCAUGUUCACAGCCACCAUGCCUCCAGCAGUUGAACGUCUUGCUCGUUCCUAUUUAAGGCGACCUGCAAUGGUGUAUAUUGGAAGUGCUGGUAAACCCACAGAACGAGUGGAACAGAUUGUUUAUAUGGUUUCAGAACAAGAGAAGAGGUAGUUUUUUCAUACUGAUAAUAAUCAAAUGUUUAUAGCUAAGUCGAUUUCUUUUUGGUUAUAAAUUUAAAUAUUCCAAGACUAACAAAUGUGACACCACUUUUACUUACAUGCUCCAGAUUAUCAUUGUUUAUUUUCUACAUUGGUUUUCAGUAGUGUCGCGAAUCAUUAGUACAAUUGAUAAAUUGCAGCUGGCACCUAUAAAACCGUAUUUAUUGAAAAUUUAAUCUUGGUAUGUUGUACUCACUCUGAUUUAUAAGAAUACGAUAAUUCUUGUGGAGAACUGACUGCUAGGCCAAAGACAGACUCAAUCUAUUUUUAUUGAAUGCAAUAAAACUAGUUACUUUAUCAAUAACAAGUAUAUUAAUCUUCACGACUUCAUUGUCUCUAUAUCUGUGAUGAGUGCUGAAGACGGGAACUUUCAUUUUAACAUCUGUUGUCCUGUUAACAUAAUUUGUUAAUGAGCUCCAUACCUGUAUUUCGAUUUACUGAAAGAAAAGUGCAGUGUCCUAAUCGAUUAAUAGUACAGAUAUACUUUCUGUCUCCAUUAAAAUACUAAAUGUUGCUUCAGAAUUGUUCUGCGUGAACUUAUGGUAGGGAGUGGAGUUGUUGAGCGUAUCGACCACUUCGUAAAGAUUUUAUCACCUCUUGUGGGUUUGUAUCUGAAGAAACAAUAUUUAGACAAAUUAUACCAAUAUAUGAAGUUGUGAAAAGUAUCACAUAAUAUGGACUUAUGUUUUGAUGUUUAUGAACUGAGAGAAAUAGCUUCUGAACAAUUCUUAUUAACGGAUUCCCAAUGUCUUUAUGCGUUUCCUUAGAUCUAUUUUUCUCAUUCAAAAGUGAGUUAUUACAAAUUGUUUUUAAAAACUAAGUAUCUUAAACUACAAGUUCUUGUAGGCCUAAAACUUGGAUUAUUUAGUUUGUUGCUAAAUCUAGAGCUUUAUCCACGAACGCUUUAACAUCAAAAUGACUUAAAUUUCAUUUUUGCAGGAGAAAACUAUUAGAAAUACUUGCUGCAGGACUUGAUCCACCUGUAAUCAUUUUUGUCAAUCAGAAAAAAGGCGCAGAUGUACUUGCUAAAGGACUAGAAAAACUUGGAUACAGUGCUGUUGUUCUACAUGGUGGCAAAGGACAGGAACAAAGAGAAUAUGCCUUGGCAAGUUUAAAGUCUGGUCAAAAGGAGAUCUUAGUUGCAACUGAUGUUGCCGGUCGUGGUAUUGAUAUCAAAGAUGUGUCAAUGGUUAUAAACUAUGACAUGUCUAAAACUAUUGAUGAAUAUGUACAUCGUAUUGGGCGUACUGGACGUGCUGGUAAAUCUGGUAUUGCAAUCUCACUACUUACGAAAGAAGAUGCCCCUGUAUUUUAUGAUUUAAAACAAUUAUUAAUUCAAUCUCCUGUGUCAACGUGUCCUCACGAACUUGCCAAUCAUCCGGAUGCUCAAACAAAGCCAGGUAUACUAGCUGCGAAAAAACGACGCGCAGAAGAGACAGUUUACAUUACAUAAAGAAAUAGACUUGAUUUUCAUUGUCUGCAAUUUUUAUGCUGGUUUGUAAAUACAGAGUAUAUUCCAACAAGUAUUCAUUCCAUCCUAUCGUUUUUGUACGUUAGUCCCACUUUUUCAGUGUGUUUGUACAUAAAAGCAUAAAUUUUUGAUAAAAAGCUG